AUGGAUCUGUCGAAACGGAACGUUGUCACGCCGCAACAACGAAAGAAUGGACUCUACCACAUUUACGAGUGGAAGGACAAGAAGGUCGUCGAAGUCAGCAGAUUCAACCCACUGGAUAUCUUCCUAGUCUGUCUCGUCCCCUCGUUGACCGGAUGCAUCUCAGCAAUCGUCAUCGCGCUCCUCUUCCAUCAUGAACAGAUCUCGAACUACAAUUGGCAAUGCGGGAGAGCCCGACUUCCCUCGCUAUCGCGUAUCAUCAACCUCCCUUUGGAGCGGACAAUAUGGCAAAUGGUCGUGCUCUAUCACGCCCCAAUGAGGGUCAUCGAGCUGACGACUGGCUUCAUCCGCUACAAGCGCCUCCGCGCUCACGUUGUCCCUAACCCCGAGCUCUACGACCGAUACGUCUACUUUUGGUUUGGGAUCGUCGAAGUGGCAUUGAUGAUUGCGAUCUCGAUAAUCGGAGAGCGAGAAAACAUCAAACUACACGUGAUCCUCUUCUACGCCUUCGGGCUUAUCGGGAUGGUCCAUUUCUCCACGAACAUCUACUGCCAUCGUCAUUCGCUGUAUUAUUUAAACCCAUACGGAAAAAUCGGGUAUCGCUUCAAGAUGCUGUUCUUCUGCCUCUACCUGGCCUCGGCGCCGAUCCUCUGCGCGUCGUUUUAUUUGUAUUGGAAGGCCUGUAUAACUAUAGCUUAUGACAUUUUCGCGAUCACGGAGUAUUCUGGCGUCGUCAUCAACAUUGCAUUCCAUUGUUUGGUCUUUUUCGACAUUCGGCACAAGGUCAUUUUUUCCGUUCGUGAAUACGUGCCACUACCUCCACAACUUACGGAUGUCGCCACCAAUAAGACGGCCAAAGACAAAGACGAAAAAUGUUGCACAUGCCGGCGAAUGCUUCAACGAUGCGUGCGGCCACUUCUAGCGCAACGUUUCAUCUCAACAAGUCUGCUGCGACGAGCCGAAGCGCUAGAAGCACCCGUUGAGCCCGGAAAAUUGCGGCGCAAGGUCGAGGGCGUUGUUGAUGCCUAUGAAGACUAUAUCGGGAUCAAAGCCGUCAAAUUGGCUCAAGCGGAAGUUAUGGAGUGGGAAAACCGCUUGAGCGAUGCCCAGAUCGUGCGAAGAGAAAAGCAAGCCGAGAUCAAGAGCAUUCAGCGGAACCUGAAGGACAUACACAACGAAAUGGAUAGGACGUCCCGUGGAGAGGACAGAUAUCUCCACCUACUCACAGAGGAGCAUCAAUUGAUCAAGAAAGAGAAGGCGCUGCUGGAAGCAUUUGAAGGGCACGAAACGGCCGAGCGAGAAGCCUUUCAUCAGUUGAGCAAUAGAGUACGAACGAGUCAUGAAAAGGAGCGGGAGCGCGUGGAGAAGACGAAAUGGUGGUCAGUCAGCGCAUCGCUAAUCGGCGCCCUGCUUGGAAUUAUCGGGACUACCAUUGGAAACGAAUUGCGUAUGUCAAGGCUGAAGGAGAUCGUUGGAAGCGAGAGGACAGAAGCUUUGGCCCAAGCAGUCCAUGAGCAAAAUCAGAAGGUAUCCGCAUUCCUCAUCGAUAUGCGAAAAGCACUGCACGCUGAAGGUUCCUCCGACGCCACCCAAACGCUAACCAUCGAUACCAAAGAUGUUGAAAAGCUUAUGAAUGAAAUCCGCACGGAAAAUGAGCGGUUGGCUUCACAGAUGAGCGAAUUGAGUCGGCUGGCCCGGCUGGAAAAGUCGCUGGAGACCGAGGGAAACGUGGUAUACGUUGGCAACGAUAUGCAACGGCUACUCGACGAAACCGAGAAGAAAUUGGAAUCAAGGAUGAAACUGCAGACGCUCAUUUCUGUGGUGUUCCUCUACGCGGCAAUCGGCGUCACGAUACCGCUGGCCUUCGCCUUCUUCCGCGGAAAC